AUGCAGCAGCAGCAGCAGCAGCAGCAGCAACAGGGCCGGUCCAAGCACAGUGGUGCAGCAUCGGACCUGCAACUCAGCUACCUUAGUGUGGAUGUUGUUUUGGUGUCUCGUUCGACCUCACUCGGCGCAGCAAUCGAUGACUCGAAGGACCAAGCUACCGAUAAGCUGCUUCCGGGUGCAGCGAGGAUGGUGUCAGGUCAGGGGAUGAACAUGGGCGAGAUCCGACAUCGCAACAAUCAAGCGCGCCCUGUUCGCCCUUUUCGCCCUUUUCGCCCCGUCGUUGACAUCUAUUGA